UUGAACAAGCCACCAUCCAGCUUCAUGGACAGCCGUAAUUCAGGUGCUUGCUUCACUUAUCUUCUGAGAGAGGAAUAUGGACCUCAGAUAGAAGCGUUGGAUUGUUUAGAGGGAUGUUUAGGAAGAUCAACCAUGUGUUCCGUCCCAAUCAUCACGGGAAAAAAGAGCAGGAUGGCUUCGGGCCGGAUUACCACAGCGCCUGCACUGUCAGGUUGGUCCGCAGUACCUCCAUGCUGCUUGUGGGAGAGAGGACCCAGUCUUCUGAGAGUGCCACGUUGAAACGGAGCAAGAGCACCGUGAGCGUGGAGUCCAACUUGUACUACUACCACAGGCAAGAGGACCGCGUGUGGCUUUACUCCCAUGAGCAGAACUGCCUGGAGUAUCUGCAAGCGUUGGUGGCUCUGCGGCGACGCUACACAAAGAGUGUGAGCGACUUGAAUAAAGGGGAUAUCAAAGCCACCGUGUCUUCCAAGAAGAAAGCGGCGCCGCCGGCAGCGCCAAAAAAAAAAGUAUCGAGAGCAACGCCGUCGGCUCCACCCAUACCCAAUGUGGAGGACACGCUGCAAUUUCUAGACGAGGUGAUUGCGAGUUGCGACAGUGAACCUCAUCGCAAACCUUACUCGGAUGACGGCCACGCCGACGUGGACUUUAUAGUGGCGUCCAGCUCAGCAGAACAUGACCUCCACUCCAACUGGGUCUUGAGGGUUCCUCGGGUGGCAGGUGACAGGCAGCAGGAGGAUGUUGUUGUCCGUGCCAACAAAAAAGUCCCCAAUAAAAAAACCAAAAGCGGGUCGACCAGCAGUAGGUUGCGCCUGCAGAGGAACCCCAUCCAUUUGCCCAAAGUGGUGGAGAGCGCCUUGCAGACACUUCGUUUCAAAUCCAAAAACUCAUGAAAAUGCUCAUUUGAAUGGAUCGAAAAGUUUUGAAACGUGAACACAAGUUAGUGACAUCUAAAAAAAAAAAUGUAUGAGGACAGUUAUGUCCAUCUGACUUGUUUGUUCGUGUCUUGGGCAGAACAACUGUACAGCGCCCUCUGCUGGAUAUGAUGGGUUGCUAGUUUAUACAAAUGUAUGUAACCAUUUUGAAGACGGACACCUAAAUUUGAGUUUAUUUUGAGGAUAAUGUAUUUUGCGGGAAAUUCGUUAGAGAGAAUGUAGGGCCGGAUUUUUCGGACAAUAAAUAGCUCUGAGGACUAGUCAGAAAAAAAAAAUGC